AUGGAUGAAAUUAGUGAACAGGAAGAACUACUGUCGUAUAUUGAAUUCCUUCAAGUAGCAAGUGAAUUUGUUGCGAUUGAAGAAUCCAGCGACACCGACGAAUUUGUAAACGAAUCUGAAGAUACAGCCAUUGAUAAUCUUGAAGACGACGACGACAUUUCAAUUAACAUAAUGCAAUGCAUUAUCAAUUUAAUCGACCUGGAAUACAUUUUGCAAGCUGACAAUCCAGAGGUACGACGCAAAGGAGAAAAAAGAUGGGGUGUACAUCCCCUGAAUCAAAUGCGACGUGAGCAAGGGCAUUUCGAAAACCUUUUUAAGGAGAUGUUGUCUCACGACCAAAUAAAGUUUUUCAACUUUACGAGAAUGACACCCGAAAGAUUUCAGCAUUUGUUUGAACUGGUUGAAACCAAGAUUACGAAAACUUCUCCUAAUGCGAUUCCACCUAUGUGUAGACUUUUGCUGACCUUACGUUUUCUUGCUACUGGCGAUACGCUGACGAGUCUACAUUACAAUUUUCGUGUUGGGAUUUCUACAGCUCACUACAUAAUACGUGAAACUUGCGAUGCAUUGUGGGAUGUUCUACAACCAACUUAUUUGAAGUUCCCCGAAGAGGAAGACUGGAUCCGAAUCGAGAAACAGUUUCGUGAAAAAUUGAAUCUUCCGAAUUGUGUCGGUGCAUUGGACGGAAAAUUAAUCGAAAUAUUUGCUCCUUCACAUUCCGGAUCUAUAUACUUCAACUACAGCAAAUAUUUCAGCACAAAUUUGCUAGCGGUAUGCGAUGCUCUAAAGAGUUUCAUCUACGUUGACAUUGGCAGCUACGGUCAGCAAACGGACGGUGGGGUGCUAUUCCAUUCUACAUUCGGCAAAGGCUGGACAUGAAAAAAUUGAAUUUUCCACUACCAUCAUUCCUACCCCACACAUCCGUCGCCUUUCCAUUUUUUUUCGUCGCCGACAGUGCUUUUCCUUUGAAAGAGAAUCUACUAACUCCGUAUGCAGGCCGUCAAUUGGAUUUAUCAGAUGAGGAGGCAAAUUUCAAUAAAGAACAGAGCAGUGCCCGAAAAAUUAUUGAAAAUGCAUUUGCUAUUUUGGUGCGACGAUGGCAAAUAUUUAAAGGACCGAUUGAGAUGCAUCCGGACAAUAUAGAUAAAAUUCUGAAGGCUACAAUCGUUCUGCACAAUUACAUAAAAUCCUUUGACGACCCAGCAGCAAUCCGGUACAUGCGCGAAGACAGAUGUAAAUAUUCCUCGAAUGAGUCGCUUCGAAGCUUUUACGAAUCGGGUCUCCAGCUGGCCGCUGCUGACUCAAGUGAAUACGCUAGUGCCGCCAGAAAUACGUAUGCAAAUUAUCUCAAGAAUGUUUUGUGAAAGCCGUUCCGUUGUUAACUGUUCAGUUUUUUGUUUACAUUUUUUAAGCGAUAGAUUCAUGUUCCAUCUAGGGCAUUUUUCACUGUCGUGGUAUAAAUAGAUCUCUCUU